GGUCGAUGGCGGCGCGCGGGCGGGCGGGGCGUCAGUAUACCCUUAGACGCUGCCGUGACGCCAGCUACGCGAUCUACCGCUCCCGCUGCCGCUACGAACGCGCGGUAUGUAGCAAAAAGCGAACGCUACAGGUGCCGGCAGUGAUCGUGUACCACAUGAUAAAUGGCAUCGUGUUUUUCUAACCGCAUCGCCGCGCCCAACCCGUUGAGUGAUUCUAUGGCGAUGUGACAAUAAAGGCAGUCGUGAAUAUUAAAUGGUUUAUUAAUAAAAUGUCUAAACAUAAUAUAUUGUGAUAACAAGUGCUAAUAACUAAGAGAAAGUGAGUGUAAAGAAGUUAUGGUGCAAUAAAACGCGACUGUGGGCGAUGCCGAAGUACCGGAUAUUGUCAUGGCGUUAUUGGAUUCUAUUCCUUUUCACUGCUAUAAAACAAGGAAAUGGUCAAGCUACCGACGUCGAUGUACGGCUGACGGCACCUAGCUGGGUGGCGCGCGGAGGAUCAGCAACUCUUCGAUGUCUCCACCAAGUGCCACCUCAGUUGCUGUACAAGGUGGAGUUCCUAAGAUCUGGGGCCAAACUGCUGCAGUACGUCAGAGAGAGGGUACCGCCGUUCACAAAUUAUACUUUCACUGGAGGAAAACUUAAUAUGUCUCUGGUAACCGAGAAUUCGAUAACCAUAGAUAAUUUAGACCCCUCCGCUUCUGGGUUGUACUGGUGCGAGGUGUCCUUGGAGACGCCCAUCUUCACAGCCGCCUCCCCACCUCACCAGCUGACUGUCGUUUAUUCACAGAAGCAUCCACCAAUUAUAACAUUUGGCAAACCAAAUGUGGUGGUGGGAGGGUUACUACGUGCCAACUGUACCAGCGCACCGGCGGCUCCAGCACCGCGUCUCACCUGGUACAUCGACAAUGAAAAGGUGAAUGAAGAAUCUGUAAGAUACUUUUCGUAUCGAGUAUCAAGUUCGACUCGGACCAAAGGAGGCGGUGGAUACAGGCAUCGCAAGCACCAACACCGAUACAUAGCUCCGGAAUUCAAUUAUACCGCCAAAUACUGGGCUCUUGUAAGCGAGACAACCACGCCACCUACAGUGAAUAACAGCAAACACAAUAAGUGCACUUUCAAGGAAGCUCAAAGCGAUGAGAUGUCUAAGGUGUGCAGUCAACUUGUCUCCAAAAUCCAACUUUUUGCUCAGAUGCAGGAGAGACCACGAGCUCUGUCGGCAGCUCCUAUAUCCCUCUGGGUAUCUAUAGCUGAAUUGCGUGCACCAGCACAUGGAAAACUUCAGCUAACAUGUACAGCCAGUAUACCUGAUGAGGUCGGUCCUGGGGAAAGAUUCGCGGAUCUCAAGAAACAGACUGUCACAGUGGCGGUGAACGAGCUAAGUCCAAAGAAGCCUCAUUCAGAAACGAGUCAGGCAAAUGGAACAUCGACCUGUCUGCAAAAUUACCACCCAGUUUGGCUUUUGAGCUGCGGGUUUCUGAUUCGAGAGAUCUCGCUUCAAUUAAAUCGGAUAAAUUGAAAACAGGACUCUUUGCCUUCCUCCAGCACCGAAAGAUAUUAUAUAGCGCUUCAAGAAAUAGAAAACUAUAUACUCUUUAGAGAACAUAUACAAUAAAUAAACAGAUCAUUUUGACCCAAUAUUUAGGCUUCUCGUCUCACUUUCAAGGUAAAAGGUUGUCCCUUUUAAUGUUUUGUUUGCUAGAGAAUUUAUAUUAUAUGUUAUAUUAUCCAAUAAGUACUUAUGUAUUGCAUUAAAUUUCAGUUUAGUUAUUCAACAAUUAAUGAAUUAUAUGAGCUCCACUUAUAGUACUAUCUAGAACUUUUACCAAUUAGAUGAAUUAGUAAAAUUUUACUGUGUUCAUAAUUUAAAGUAAAAAAAUAAAUAGGAUUUACAUUAUUAUAUUCUAUAAUUUUAAAAUUUCGUAAACGCUUAUACAUGGCUGGUUUUCUCUUGAGCUUCAAUAUGUCAAUUAUUAAACACAUAUAACGGUUGGAUACUUAAUUUAUUUCUUAUAAAGUGUCUAAUUAUCACUGUGUAAUACAACAGAUUUAAUAUUUUCACAAUUAACAAUAAAUGUGGCUGGCAAUAUCCAAUAUAAUUUUUUGACAGGGUUUAGCAAUCAAAUUGUCUUACCUAUAGAUACUAUACCUUAAUCUUCUACAUAUUUAUUUUGAUAUAGCACAUAUUUGCAAACAUUUUUCACAAACCUAUAUUUAACUAUAAGCAUUAGUAGAAUGUAUAACAAUAAUUUUAAAAUGUUUUUACUCUAUUGAUAAUACGAGCUUAAAGCUAUACAUAGCUAUGUUGGAGUGUGAUUGGAUUCGUACCUACAUCCUCUAUAGUACUGGCUGUAAAGAGAAAAAAAUAUGAGGUCAAAAUGCAGACGAGCAGAUUUUCCACUCCAAGUUAUGGUCGAUUCAGUUUAAUGGCGGCUUAUAGCAUUUACUACUGAUAUGUAUUUCUGAUAUUCGAUGCGAUAUUAUAAUUUACGAUAAGUUCAUAGAGAUUCGAUUCGAUAUUAUUAAUAAAUAACGAUUUAUGUACCUAUUACCUAAUGUUCAAAUAUGCAAGCAUACAUAUUUUAUGACUGAUCAAAGUUUUGAAGAAAAUUAUAUCUAAUUUGGACGAUUACUGAUUAAUUGGUUUACUAAUAUUAGGAAACCUUUUCAUUUCGCUGUAGUUAUCAACAUUAAUCGAUACAAUUCCCAAUAGAUUUUAAAUCGAAUAGUGUUGUGGGAUAAACAAUAAUUAUAAUAUAUUCACCAAAUUCUUUUACUAAUGCUUUAAAUGUUGUGUUACGUAAUAAUUAAUGGUUUUAAAUCAUCAUGAAAUAUUUGGAAAUUGAUGUACCAUUAGUUAUAUAUUGAGAAUUUUAAAUAAAGAAAGGAUCUGAAAUAUUAUAUGGAGAUUUUUAUGUAAAACUAUUUAAUACUAAUUAAGAUUGAAAUAAUAAGAAUCUUGUAUUCAGUAGCUGAGCAGAUUAUUGUAGAUUUGUUUUCACAAUAAACUAUUUAAAUCUAGUUAAUCUGAAUAUUUCAUGUUGGUAGACGAUUUCAAAGUGAAAACAUAUUUUGGGAAUUCAUUAUUAUCUGUGUAUUUCAGCAGAAUAUUUUCGAUAUGAUUAGUGUUAUGAUGUAAAAGCAGAGGUAUUAUAUUUAAUCGUAAUUACUAAGAGGAGGAUUGAAUGAAGGAGAACAGUUUAUGUAUUGCAUUUAAAACUAAUACACUAACGUCAGUUACCGAUAAAAACAAUUCGACUCUCAUAAAAAAUAUAGCAGAACAAAAUUUCAUAAUACUUGCAGGCGAGCAUAAACUGUCUGGUCAAGCUGGUAAAUAUUAACCUAAUUUUAUUUUAUUUUUAAUAAACUUUUUGGAACAUUUAGAAAGCUGACUAUAAAAUUCUGAAAAUAGAAAUAUUCUCCGUUAAUGGAUCAAUAAACUGUUCAUAUUUUAAUCAAAUAUGUAUUAAAAGUGUACAUUGUUGAUUUGUUUAAUGACUUGUUCUCCUUUAAAAUUAAAAAUUAUAUCAAUCCUGCUACUUGGUGUUGAAAGUCUUCCCGCAGCUCUAUACACUGACUAUUGUAGAAAGUUUAUUUGUUAGGCUAAAGGAUGUGAUAAGUUAUAAUAUGUAUAUUGAAGCGAAAUAUAUUUUAAAAUAGAUUAAUUUAUGUGCUACUUGUAUAGACGAAAUUAUAUAUUAUUAUAAUAGGUAAAAUUUAGCGUAGGUCAAAUCUGAGAUUAAAAAUAAUGCCAACAGUCGCUAUGAUUUCUAAUUCAAAUUUAAAUGAUAAGUAACUGUUGUAUUUUCAUGAAAAAUAUGCUGCUACUGUUUAUAUAUUUACUGUUAUUAAUGUUGGUAUAAUCUGUGUUUAUUCUAUACUAUCAAAAACUAGAUUACUGUCAGAAGUGCCGGAACUUUGUCAAUUCAUGUGUUGUACUAAAAUGUCAAAAAGAAAUGGAUGUGGCUCUCGAUGAUUAGAUCGAUAGAAGAGAAAAACUUCCUUAUGAAAGGUAAUGUGAAUGGAAUAAUGUGUGUAAUAUACUAUCUAGAUAUCGCUAAUAAUCAGAUGAAGAAAAAUAAGGGGCAAAAUUAUUUUUUAUUACAAGAUGGACUUGUAAUAAUAAAAAAAUAAAAAUAAAACGCACUGAAAUGCCAUAUUAUAUGUCACGAUACGUUAUCAUAAAUAAAAAUGUUAGGGUAACAAAUUUUGAGGGAAGUACCUUUUAAAAAAAAAUUUACUCCAAUAUAUUGAGAAACAUCUGCAAAAAUUGUAAUAACUAUAAUUAAUAUAAGUACUUACUCAUUGAUUAUCUGAAUUGUUUUUGUAUUGAAGGUAAAUGACAAAUAGGUAUAUUUUAAAUGUAUUGUGUCAUUUUGUAUCAUGUGUAAAUGUUUGAUUUUAUAUUUGUAAUAUAUGUUUUAAUGUAAUUUAAUGGAUUAUUGUAAAAGCAGCAGGUCAACUAUUGACUACUAUAUACAGACUAUUAAUUAGUUAAUCAUCUGUAUCAAUAGUGGAUAAUUAUCGUCAAUAGAUGUUAAUGAUUGAUAAUAAUUUUAAAAUUUCUUUACCCAAUAAUGCAUGUAUAAUAAAACUAUUUACCUACAUAAGUACUUAAUUUCAGGGCGUAUUUAUGUAAAAUAUAAAGAUGUCCUAUUUAUUAAAUUGAAUUAUUUUAAGCAGUCAAAUAUUAAAAUAGAAAAUACAGAGUUAAUAUAAACGGAGCUUAGAUUAUUUAGAUAGAGUGUCUGCAUACAAAUACUUCGAGAAAACGGGUCAACUUUUUCAUAUAAUUUUGGAUGAUAAAUAGUUAUGAGUGAUUCCUUUAUAACUUCUAUAUUUAUUUUGAUUUAUAAUUUCUGCACCUUUUUAAAGUGUAAAAAAGGCAUUUUAUUAAUUAAAUAAUAAAAUAUAGAUACGUCAAGAUACAUUGUGUGCGUAAGUAUAUAGAACAUUAAUAAGAAACGAGUCACUGACUUUGACAAUUAGCUGACAAAAACUUGACCCGUAUUUGAAACUCGAUGCUCUAUCUAUAUAAUUUAAGAAUCGGAGUUACCAAAAUGAGAUAUGAAAAUGACAAAGUCCUAGUUCCUACUGUCUGUAAUCCGUUAAAUCUUCCUGUAGUUAUUGCGUAACCGAUUGUAUAAAAUUAUUACAGGCGACUUUUGGUAAAACUGUAAUCUUCUGGCCAUUUUAAACUACAUAAUUAUGAACAUGGUCGUAUGAUGUGAAUGAUGAAAUAAAAAGCUUAAAUAA